AUGAUUCUCAGGAUAAAGUCUAUCCCUAUAUUGCUAUUUGUGAUAUCACUCCCCGUUUGCGAUGGGUUUGUAAAUCCUGUUUGUAAGUUUCCCUUUUUUACAAACAAUUUCCGGCCUCUUCUGCCGCCUUCGUACCAAACACGUGUUUUUUUCAGUCAAUCGGACGAUAAAACCGACCGGAGAAUAUUUUACAACACACAUUCUGGCACACUUCCAUGAUUUCGAUAAUUGGUAUCACAAAGAAAACAAGACCUUCAGGGAUAUUUAUGAGGAAGCAACCAAUCAGACGUUACUUGAAGAAGAUGCCCAGCCUUUCUUUGAUAGGAUUUUUAAGGGGUUGAAGGAUGCGGCACCCGAACUAAGAUCAUUUAAACUUCAUGUAAAUAACAUGGUGUUUGAUCGGCAAGUUAAUUCUACUGAUGAAGACGAAGUAAGAAAAGCAAUAUUUUUUUUUAUUUGAGAAUGUCACAAAUAUUUACUGAUAUAAUUUUUAAGGUCAUUGCCAAGCUUCGAGCGAUCCAACAGUUAUUCCGCGAUCACAUUACAACAAUUGUGACUUCAGCCAAUCGCUAUAACUUGCAUAUCGAGGCUUAUGACACAUAUGCGCGUGUGAUGUCAGCUUGCGAGGAGGGAAAUACUGCCCCAGGCUGUCGAAGCAGACUGGUUUUAGACAAGGCUUUUCCAGAUCAUGAAUGGCAUGAUGAUGAUUAUAGAUUGGAUACGAUGCAAAGAAUAGGAAACACAAAAGGAAUUAUUCAAAUGAUUUAUCAUGGAGGGGACAUCCCACUGGACGUGGGGAACCAUGUUACCGGUGACAGUAGGUUAUUGGAAGUGAAUUAUAAUCGUCCUUUCAGCGAUUCAUCAUUUACUCCCCACCGGGAUGGCGUUGACUUGUGACGAACUUCAAGGGAAGGAGAGACAUAUGGGAACUCAUGCGGACCGAAAAGUUUAUGCCGAGGCCUUGAAUAAGAUCAAAGAAGAGGUCAGUAGUCUUCAAUCUUUUACCCUUGUUUGCGAACGCACUGUGGAUCUGAAUGAAACUUCAGAAAUUGAGGUAAUCUUUAUUUUCUCUGAAUUUUGAUAGGUUUUUCAAACCUUAGCGGAACAUCGUUUUCUAGAAUAUCCUUGAGAUGAGGUCUGCUGUCGCAAAGGUAGACCAAGAAAUCAAAUCGAUAAUCGAGGAGGCCUUGAAGGUAGGUGUUCAUAUUGAACAUAUCUACGAGCACAUUAACUUCUUCACUCCCGGCUGUGCCGAGGAAAUGCUGGUCACCCGUUGUAAUCGGGAGCUCCAAUUGCCUAAGGCUUUCCCGGAUAUUCCGCUGGACAAUACUCUUUUUACGAAAGUCUUCAAACGAGAUCUAUUUCAUGGCGUUCCGCGCCACUUGAGAAUACUGUAA